AUGCUCUGCCUCCUCGUCCUUGCCGCCGGGGCAGUGCCGCCCGAGAAGCUCUCGAGCCGCGAGGUAGAGAUGGAGCACAAGGAGAGCGGAGAGCGUCUCUCCGCCGCCGCGGCCAAGCUUUACGAGACGCACAAGAUGGCCACCCUCAAGUGCGGGGAGGCGGCCGUGCCGGUCCUGAAGGAUACCAUCCAGGACCUCUUCCCGUCGCCCUCGCCGCCGCCGCCCCCCUUCACCGCCUCGGGCUUUGGGAUGGACAUGAUCACCUCUGCGCUGACGCUCGACGCAUCCAAGGGAUCCAAGACGCUGAAUGGCGGCGCCAAGGUUGGGAUGCAGAUGGGAAUGGCCAAGGCCGAGGCUGACCAUAGCCUUGCCGGGUCGGCAGCGGUCUUUGCGAGCCACACCAUCAUUGGGCCGUCGCCGCCGCCCGCGUUCCCAAACACCAAGUCGAACGCCGAGGCACACAAGGCGGUGUGCGAAGCGGCGCUGGCGGACUCGAAGGAGGCCCGUAAGGCAUACGAGCUUGCGGCAAAGGAGCACGCGGCUGCAACCGCUACCCUCGUCAAAGUCAAAACGGGCUUGGCGCUUACUGCAGAACCCGCCGCGUCGCGAAGCUCUCUGCUUCAGCCGGUCCUCGGGACGGGGCUGCUGCAGCUGCCAUACGGCGUGCGCCAGUCUGGCUGGCUGGGCGUGCCGCUGCUCGCCCUGAUGGGUCUAAUGGCGCUCGACCUGCCGAGCGCUGCGCUCGCUGUUGCGGGGGUCGUGUGGCUCCACGUCUUCCUCAAAUCGCUCGGCGAUCUGGCGGUGCUCUCGUACCUCAACCUGGGCAUAAACGUGACGCUGUGCGGCGCUGUCAUCGCGCAGACUCUACGGCACCCACCGGCGACGUCGCCACAGAGCGACAUCGUCGUGCCGGACGCGCUAUCGGUCGGAGGGGCGUUUGCGAGCUUUGGCUUCGCGUACGGCUGCCACCCGGCUUCCUUUGUCGUGGCCCUCGCCCUGUACGUGCCCCUCGUGAUCGUCGCGUACGCCACCUACGGGCGCGGGGUGCAGUCACCGAUGUAUGAGACGCCUGAGAUCAGCGAGCUGCCCAUGAUGCGGGUCAUCAAGGCGGCAACCAUUUUGCCGAUGAUCUUCACCUACCCCCUCGCUGCGCUAGAGCGCGUCCUCGGCGUCGACGAGCGCCCGUGCCCGCGGCUCUGCCGCGUCGGGCUGCGCAGCCUCUUCGUGGUCUUCACCACCGGCGUCGCCAUCCUCGUGCGCACCAGAGAGCACUUUGGCCCGUUGGUGGACCUCGUGUCCUCAUGCACUUCGACCUUCACCGCGUUUCUGAUGCCUUGCGUCUUUGGCCUCCGCCUGCGCGGCAUUGGUGGCGAGCGAGGCGUGGGACGACUCGAGCUGUGCGUCAACAUCUUCGUCAUCGUCGCGGCCUCGACGGGGGCAAUCUUCGGGACGAUACAGGCCGUCGAAGCCCUCUCCGCGCUCGGGGGAGGGGCGGCGACUCGAUGA